AUGCCUUUGGUGCACAACUUCACCAGACCCACAGCGACUGCAGAUAUUGGAGAGAGUAGAGCUACAUUGCUUAGUGAGAUUCCAGCAUCGGAUAGAACAAACAGCCCGCAUCUGAGGGCUCUGCAUCUUACAAAUUGUGCUUUUGGAGAGUGGACAACGACGCAUGGUUUUUUCGCGUGGAUGGGUGGAUUCAUGCUCUACUUCGAUGACAAGCUGCGAGUUACUCUUACACCCAAUGAGCUUAAGUGCUUUGUUCGUGAGGGCUCUGUGGAAAUGCCCAUCAUCAUGGAGGCAGACAUAGAAGAUUGA